AUGCCAGGAGCUCCCCCAGCCUUCCUGCUGCCGGUCGGCACCGCGGUGGAGCAGGGCAGCGACACGGCGUCGCAGCAGGAGUUCACCUCCUGCCUGAAGGAGACGCUGAGUGGCCUGGCCAGGAACGCCACCGACCUGCAGAGCUCCUCGGCCUCAGAAGAGGAGCUGGCGAAGGCGCUGGAGGGGCUGGGGCUGGAGGAGGGCGAUGGCGAGGGCAGCGUCCUGCCCGUCAUGCGGAGCAUCAUGCAGAGCCUGCUCUCCAAGGACGUGCUCUACCCCUCGCUCAAGGAGAUCACCUACCCCGAGUGGCUGCGGCAGCACGGCGAGGCGCUGCCGGCCGAGCAGUACGAGCGGUACCGGGCGCAGCACGGCGUGAUGGGCCGCAUCUGCCAGCAGCUGGAGGGCGAGCGGCCGGGCGAGGGCGAGGAGGAGCGGCGGGCACGCUUCGAGACCCUC